AUGGAUGCGAGAAAUCUAUUCAAUUGGCUUCGUGAGUAUGUAUACUAUUACAACGUUUUUAUACCCGAGGAGUAUGACGAUGAUGGUGAUGAACAUCAUACGACACGGAAUCCUACAGCAGUUAUUAAAUAUCAACUAUAUGCUACUCGACUAUAUGUUCCUCUUCUUAUCAUGACCGUAUAUAUGCUCACCUUUAUUGUUGUAAUCUUCCCACCAACUCAACAGGUCACCGUAACAAACAUAAAUCCAUCCCUGUUCGAACAACUCUAUGAACAACAUGGUGAAACGCUUCAUUGUUCAUGUUCGACAGCUAGUAUACCUUAUAAAGAUUUCGCUACGAACACAGUGGCAUUCCAUCCAUUAUGUUCGAGUGUUUAUGUUAGCAAAGAAUGGAUUGAAGCACUCUACUCACCAUAUGCCAGUGCGUACUUUGCGAUGGAUUUUCGAAAAAGUGCUAGUUCGCAGUUCGAGCUUCUCGCUGCAUUUUGUUUGAUUUGUAACCAGACAGUAUCUCAAUUACUAGCUGAUUUUAAUACUAAACAACUUAUUAGUCUUGAACUCCUGCGAGAUGAAGAUGUUCGAUUUCGCAUUAUGACGGAUGUGGAAAUUGUUAGAGCAAACGCACCUGUUGAAGUUGUUACAACGCUGCAUCUUCUUCAAAUAGCAAAUCAACAGAACUCAUUGAUCUCUGCUCUACGAAGCAAUAUAUUUGUUGGAGCAUACACUCGUA